UAAAGCAAGGUACCACUGUACAAUGUAGUUGCCCCACAUAUGAGAGGUUCAUUCCACAGGCAGUGCAUAUAUGCAAAAUAUGAUUUUUAUAUGCAAAGCUAUCAGAGGCUGAUCAUAAAUGCUGAAUGUUUUGGUUUAAACAGGGAGUGUUUCUGGAAAAAAUGGGCAUUUGCCAUAGAUAUGUCAUCUGCAGGGCUGUGUACGAUGCCAUACCUACAAAGAAGGACUUAAACUUGAUCAGAAAGGACCUGGUUUUUGAUGGGGUGCCAGUGAGGGUGUACUGGCCCAAGACACCAGCUGCUGGGAACAGGAGAGGAAUCAUCUAUUUUCAUGGAGGCGCUGGACUCCUUGGAAGCAUUCGAGCCUGUGAAAACGUCUGCUGUUCCAUUGUCCACGAAAGUGAUUCAGUGGUUGUGAAUGUCGGAUUUCGUUUAGCACCUGAGCAUCUCUAUCCGGUCCCUGUGCUGGACUGCUUAACUGCUACAAUACACUUUCUGAAGAAUGCAAAGGAAUACGGAGUGGACCCCAACUGCAUUGCCAUUGCUGGGGAGAGUAGCGGAGGCACAUUUGCUGCAGCUAUUUGUCAAGAACUGGUGACCAGAGAGGACCUCCCAAGACUGCGAGCUCAGGUCCUCAUCAACCCAUUCCUACAAUCACUGGACUUUGAUUUGCCAUCCUAUCAGCAAAACCAAUCAGUUCCUCCCUUGUUCAGGAAACGAGUUAUCAAAUUUGGUUUAAGAUAUCUCACUGGGAAGGACAUGAACGUGGACCCAUUUAUAAAAGGUGCCCAUGUCCCUCCUGAUUUGAGAGAGAAAUACAAAAAAUGGAUAAGUGUUGAUAACAUUCCAGAAGAAUUUAAAGCUAGGGGCUAUGUUCCUGUAGAACCUGCUCCAUUUUCAGAAGAACUUUAUGAACAAGUUAAAAGAGGUACUGAGGCAAUGUUUGCCCCCCUUGUAGUGGAGGAUGACAUAAUCCGCCAGCUCCCAGAGACUUUCAUUCUAACCUGUGAAUAUGAUAUUCUCCGGGAUGAUGGGCUGUUGUACAAGAAGCGGUUAUUGGACAACGGUGUGCCAGUGACACAUCAUCAUCUUACAGAUGCAUGCCAUUCAACAAUUUGCUAUUUGGGUUGGGGGCCACUUGAAUUUCCCAGCUCAAAGAAAUGCUUGCAGCAUGUGGUACAGUUCUUGAAAGGUUUAUAUAGAUGAAUGACCUUCUUUGUCUUCCAAUGGCAGCCUUCCCUUUCUGUGGGGGGACAAUCCCCCUUUCCUAGUGUCCCAAUCCUAAAGUAAGAAGAAAAGGUCAGAUCCAAAAUUCUAUCCAGUCAGAUUUAUUAAAAUCACCAUGACAUCUGUAAGUACCUAAGCAAAGCCCUGCUGGAUUGGCCCACUUCAUCCAGCAUCCUGUUCUCACAGUGACCAAAAAGAGGCCUCUUGAGAUGCCUGCAAGCAGUACCUGGGUGCAAGAAAAUUAUUCCUACUUGUGAUUCCUAGCAAGCAGCAUGCAGUGGCUUACAGCCUACAAUUGUGCAAACGUACCUAUAGCCUCCUCCAUGAAUUGGCCUGAUCCUCUUUUAAAGCCAUCCAACUGGGUCACCAAGUUAGCUCAUUCCAUUGACUAACUGUUGCUUCAAAAUAUUUGAAAGAUUUAGCAGUAACAGAGGAGCUCCUCUGCAAUAAACUAGACCGAUCUAAGCCCUUGUGAAUGAUAUGAACUCAUUUAAUUACACCAACAUUAGACAGGAUUAUAGCGAAACUGAAGGGUGGGAAUAUAUUUACCCUUCAAAAUUAGGGCCAUGAUACCUGAAGUAUCUUUCUAUAUGUACCUCUUCCGACCAGAUGUGUACACGUGA